AUGAGAUCACGCUACUUGAACAGCACAGACGUGCUCGUUAAGGCUCUACCUGCGCUUGAUGGUCUCUAUGACGUUUAUGAGCUGACCAGUGGGUUUUUAACGUCAAUGGCAGAGGUGGAAGAUUACGACAUUACGAGUCCGUCUUUCUACCUGACGAAUAUCACCAGCACGUAUCCUUUGACGACAGAAGAGCUGGUGGCGAACCUGACGCGGCAGAUGCGAAUAAGCGGCGAUGUGCUAAGCAACAAGGAUCCAUUUAUCGGCGGUGCAAUUUCUUCAAUACUAGUACUCUGUGGCAUAGUUACUGCCGGAUGGAUGUUGUUUCUGCUGUUGCUGUUGUCGUCGAACUCCAUUCCAAACUCGCUGAUGGCGAGUAACUUGUUCUUCUGCGGGACAUAUACUGCGAUGCUCGUGAAGAUCACUUCGUUGUUGCAGAAGCAAGUGGAUCUUGACGUUGUGGACACACAAGAGAUACAGUACUCCAUCACUUUUAGCCCAGGUCUAAUGGCUGUACGGUCCAUAGUGACUUUCCUCAUAUGGCUGUCAUGGGUCGACCUUUCGGUUCAACUGACAAAGCACAGUCACAAGAAACAGGUCAUCUUGGUCGGAUUACUCCUGUCAGUGGUGAAUUCUGCAUUCAGCACGUCAUUCUAUGUUGUUUAUAGCAACACAUAUGAGCCUUCGCCCACACCAACGUUCAGAGCUUUGAAGAUACUGCACUACUUAACGGACUACGUGACGCUGGCAUCUUUUGCUCUCUUUGUGCUGCGGUUUUCUUGGUUGAAGAGACGCUUUGCAUACCAUCGUAAUUCGAUGGCUCUUGCAGUGUUUUGUUUGGUCACACUGACAACACCAAUUAUUUUCAUGACAAUAGAUCUGGCACUGAACUCCACGAGGUCAUGGGCCAAGUACGUGUACACAUUCUCAAAGCUCUGUGUCACUGUGACGAUUUGGGAGUGGCUACACACGAUAAAAUCGCUGGAGGCAAGGUACGAGGGUAAAACUGUCUUGGGAAGAAAAAUCUCCAAUGACAGUUUCCACAUCAUAAACGAUGACUCAGCAGACGUCCAGUCGUGGAACAGCAACUAUAUCUUCAAGACAAUCAACGUUGUCUCCUUAGUUACUACGUUGAAAUCGCCGGUUAAUCUCUUCCACAGGACCUUCAGAGACGUGCCCAGGGCGAAGAAGGACUCUACAAACGAAGAACAGGUGCAGCUGUACGAAAUGAUGUACCCAACCUCGACCAGGGACUCCAACAUAUCUCAAGACACAGGAAUAUCCAUAGAGGCACAACACCCCCAGUUUGACAUUGAUCAUCGUUAUCUACGCAAUACUCCAUCAACUGCGCAUGACACUGCGAAUCCCACACCACUGAGCCAUUUUGUCCAACAAAACAACACCAACACCAACAAAAGCUCAACAGAUCCUCACACAGAUGAUGACGAACAGCAAGAAUCAACGCACUCUAAUAACAACACCACCUAA